AUGGAGAAGAUGGAAGAGAAGAUCAAAGCUAUUCAAGGUCCUAGUGCUUACGGAUCUCUUGGGGUGGAGGAAUUGUGCUCCACGAUGAACGUGAUUAUCCCUAAAGAUUUCAAGGUCCCAGAUAUUUCUAAGUAUGAUGGAAGUACAAACCCAAUCAUCCACCUGAAGACAUACUGCACGAAAAUGGCAAUAUGGUUCAAGGAUGAGAAUUUCCUUGUUAGUUUCUUCCAUGAGAGUUUGGCUAGUCCUGCAUUAGAGUGGUACAUCCAGAUGGAUCAUUCUAAAAUUGGUUGUUGGAAAGACUUGGCAGAUGCGUUCAUGAACCAAUAUCGAUUCAAUUUACAUACUGCCCCAACUAGAGAACAAUUGGCAGCUUUGCAAAAGGAGAACAAGGAGACCUUUAAGCAAUAUGCCCAAAGAUGGAGAACUCUUGUUGCACAAGUCCAACCUCCGCUGACACUAUCUGAGAUGUGUUCAUAUUUCCUAGGGACGUUAGGAGCUCCGUAUGUUGGGUCAAUGGCCGGUGCUGCAUAUCGGGAUUUUGCCGAUCUCAUAGCUGCAGGUGAAAGAAUUGAAAUUUUAGCCAAAGCUGGGAAGUUGCCAAUGGACUAUAGACAGAGUAGUCCUCCCAAAAAGGGAUUACAACCUAAGAAACGAGAAUCCGAAGUGAACCAUGUCAGGCAUCAACAAUCUUUUGUGCCUCGACAUCCUACACCAAACCCAAGCCACCAGAUACUAUCAUACAACCCCAUUCCAUUUACCUCUUACCAAACCCCCACACAAAACUUCCCAAACUUAAACACUGCACCAACCCCACAAUUCCAAGUCAACAACAUACCAAUGACACCACGAUAUCAUAUGGGAGUUGCUGGACAUUCCAUUGAAGAUUGUGAAGCAUUUAAAACAGCAGUAAGGAAACUGAUUACUUGUGGUAGGCUCGACACCCAAGAAGAGACCAGGCCUAAUAUUGUCAAUAACCCCGUCCCGAAUCAUGGGGGAAGGAAUCAAGUGAAUGUUGUGGAAAUAGAGGAUGCAGUGAUCAAGAAGGUUUUGAGUUUGCAUACACCCAUGUCAGAUAUAUGGGAAGGAUUGAAGAAAGCUGGUUAUGAUAUCACGGUACCAGGAUGUUCUAUGAAGGAUGAAGGAAAGUAUGAUAUAGAGUCAAGUUGUGCCUAUCACAGCGGGCACGUGGGACAUGAUACUGAAAAUUGUUGGGAUUUCAAAGUCCGUGUCCAAGGCUUGAUCACAUUGGGUGUCAUACAGGACAGGCGAAAGGAUACUUUUUCUGAAGAGGUUAGUGUGGUAGAGCGCUUCGUACUUCGAGUGCCACCCCUUAACCAAAAUCCUUUGCCUGAAAAGAUGGUAAUGAAGGUGAAGAAACCAACGCCUUUUCCUUACAAUGACACUCACGCAAUACCGUGGAAUUACAAGACAAGCGUUGAAGAAAUUGGGAAUACUUCGAGAGCCCAUACUAACAACCCUCAUUUGGAGGAACAAUCAACGAAUGCAAUAAGAGUCGGGGAGGUCACAAGAAGCUGGAGAUUUUAUGGCCCGAAAGAACCAGAAAAGAGAAAAAGCAGCAAGGAGGAUGAAGCUGAAGAAAUCAUCGCCAGUGAAAGGGAAGGUGAAGGAGAGGAAGAUGAACUCUUUAAGAUCAUGAAGCAAAGUUAA